AAAUAAUUGAUGCUUACAGGUUGGUAGUGUAGUUCGCUGUUCGCUUACCUUUCCUCUCUCAGAUAUCUUAAACCGCAACGGUCACCGGCUAACACCUCAACAAAUCGGAGGUCAAAUUACUUCGCCGACUUGUCGACUCAAACCAGUAACUUACUCCCCCGAAAAAUGAGCGUAAUCGAAAUUUUAACAAGAGUAGACGCGAUCUGUAACAAAUAUGAUCGAUACGACGUCGAAAAGCUAAAAGAUCUCAAUGUCUCCGGUGACGAUGCCUUCGCUCGCCUCUAUGCUUCCGUGGAGGCCGAUAUCGAGUCCGCUCUUCAGAAAGCGGAGAUUGCUUCAAAAGAGACUAAAAAGGCAUCUGCAGUUGCUUUAAAUGCGGAGAUUCGUCGAACCAAAGCUAAAUUGUUAGAGGAGGUCCCGAAGUUACAGAGAUUGGCUGUUAAAAAGGUUAAAGGGCUCUCAACAGAAGAGCUUACUGCCCGUAAUGAUUUGGUCCUGGCAUUGCCGGAUAGAAUUCAAGCUAUUCCUGAUGGAGCUGCUGCUGCUCCCAAACAAACUGGAGGCUGGAGUGGUUCUUCAGCAUCCCAUACGGGAAUCAAAUUUGAUUCAGGUGGUCAGUUUGAUAAUGAAUAUUUUCAAGAAACUGAAGCAUCAAGUCAAUUUAGGCAAGAGUAUGAAAUGCGUAGAGUGAAGCAGGAUCAAGGUUUGGAUAUGAUUUCAGACGGGCUGGAUACUCUGAAAAACAUGGCUCAUGACAUGAAUGAGGAGUUUGAUAGGCAAGUCCCUUUGAUGGAUGAGAUUGAUACAAAGGUGGACAAGGCAACAGCUGACCUGAAAAAUACCAAUGUUAGACUUAAAGACACUGUUAACCAGUUGAGAUCUAGCAGAAAUUUUUGCAUUGAUAUUAUUUUGCUAUGCGUAAUUCUGGGAAUCGCUGCCUAUUUAUACAAUGUGCUGAAGAAGUGAUGUGUCAAACACAAUUCGUUGUUCAACCUAUUUUCUUGGUGUUGUUGUGCUAGCUUGUUCUGGCAUUUAUCUGAAUUUGGAGGACUUCUUAUUGGUGCGUGUGCAUUUACACUUAAUUUGUCUCUUGUAUGCUUGGAAAUAUUCUUUUUUGUCAUUCAUGUAAAGAGUUAACUAAGUAAUCAGUGAUAUAUUAUAUUGUUUCAUUUAUUCUUGAA